AAUUUAGAUUACAGUUUUUUUGCUCAAGUGAAGCAUCUGUGCAUAUAGUCGAUCAUCUCAAUGACGCACAAUUCGCGCGAAACUUCAUCCAGGAAGCUAAAGAGAAAACAAACUCGUUUAAAAUGAGCAAAAAGGAUAACGGUGCGUCCCUCAUCCUUUCCUACCUGAAUGAGAAGAACCGCCCCUACAGCGCGCAGGAUGUCUUCUGUAACUUACAAAAGCAGCACGGUUUGGGGAAAACGGCUGUGGUCAAAGCCAUGGAGCUGCUGGCUCUGGAGGGUAAGAUCAAAGAGAAAACCUACGGGAAACAAAAGAUUUAUUUCGCCGAUCAGUCUCAGUUCAAAGACGUGAAUGAUGCCGACCUGAAGGCGAUGGAUGCGGAGAUCUCGGCUCGCGGUGCAGAAGUUCAGUCCCUCACACAGAGCUGCAGAGAGUUGGACGCAGAGCUGAAGGAGCUGAACAGUUCCCUCACAACAGAGGAAAUGGUUGCAGAGAUCCAGCAGCUGAAAGCCGAGUGCUCCGGGUACAGAGAGCGUCUGGAGAAGAUCAAGUCGGCCACAAAUCACGUCACACCCGAAGAAAAGGAGAAGGUUUAUAAGGAGAGGGAUGUUUAUGUGAAAGAGUGGAGGAAGAGGAAGAGACUAGCUUCAGAUAUGAUGGAUGCGAUCCUGGAGGGAUAUCCAAAAAGCAAAAAGGAAUUCCUGGAUGAAGUGGGAGUGGAGACCGAUGAAGAUUGUAAGGUGGUUUUUCCCAGCAGCUGAGCAAAUGUGAAGCUAAAUAAGUUUGAGUUAAAGCACAUUUUUUUAUUUAUAAAAGUUGUUUUGAAUAAAUAUUUCAUAUCUAGUGGGAAAAAAAGCUAAUUUUAAGGCUUUUUUUGAAAAUGUAAGAAAAAACAGUUUGAUGCUUCAGUUUUCAUGUUCAUAUCUUAAAUUGUAGAGAAAAAAAGUUUGAAUGUUUUCAGCAUUUUUGUCAUUUAUAGAUUCUCAGCACUAUGUGGAAAAAAUGUAUUCUUUGCUUGAAAAAUGAACUGACUUCAUGUUCAUGGUGAUAUUUUCAUUCUUGAACCUGAAGUUUUCAAAAACUUUAUUACAAGCUG